UUUUGUUAACUUUACACUUUUACACACCUCGGGCUGCUCGUAGGAGGACGAGAGACACUCAGAAAGGGCCACAGGUAUUCUUCAGGACACUGCCAGCAUGUGGUCUUCAAAUAGUGACAGGCUGGGCUGGUACCAAAGAUACUUGUCAGGGAUAAAAGCCUACCACGACAUAAAGGUCAUUGAUAUACAGAAAUGUGAAGACAUACUCUUCACGAUUCUCGACAGGGUCCAGCAGCAGGACUAUAGGUUCCAGGUGGACUACUCAAGAGCGCAUGCUUGCUUUGACUACACCAUCAGAACACAGUUUGAUGAGCUGGAUAUGGAGGUGUGUCUGUGGUUCAACGAUUUGUCCUUGCGGGUUGAAGAGAGCUGCGACACCCCUUAUAUUGCAGAUGGAAUCAGCCAUCAAGCCGUCCCGAAGAAAGGGGUGGCUUACCUGACUGUCCCUAAGGAGAGUGAAAGCAAAUGGACUGGGAGUGACAUUUUCCAUCCACUUCCAGAGUCGUCCCAGUGCUGUGGGCACAUCAUCCCUGGCAGAGUCAUAAACAUCCUGAAGGAGCUUCUUAAAGGGGCCAUUGUUUACUGUCAACAGAACAAUUUUAUUAACCCAGGAGAUGUAAAUGCUUUCUUGUUAAAUUUCGAUGGCCCUCGGUUAACACUGGUUCUCAGAAAUGUGACAAAGCCCUUACGAGUUAACAUCAUUCCAGUACUUCGGAGAGCCACAGCAAAGUUACUUGAAAAUGGAUUUCAGAAUGGGCACAGCUUUCCAGAGACAACCAGCCAAACAACCCCCGAGAACCUUGACAUCAGCAAUGGAACUUAUUACCGAUGGAGGUUUUGUUUUGAACGACCGAUGUGGAAGUUGCUGGAGAAAGCAGAUGCAGAUGGGGGCCAUCGCCUGGACAGCCUGUGCCUCCUGGACAGAAUUAAAACUGACCACUGGCUUCCGGGGGAACACAAGCGGGGACUCACAUUUAACAUGCUUAAGAUGGUAUUACUGUGGGCCAUGAAGUUUUUCCCAGCUCCGGAAGACUGGAUCGACCUGGAAUCAUCGGUUUAUCGGGUGGUAGUGGUGCUGCUCCGGUGUCUUGCCCUCCAGAAUCUGCCCAACUACUUCAUGCACGAGAUCAACCUGUUCCAGGAAGAUUUUCAGGCCCAGUUUGACUUCCAAGCCAUUUACGAGAAGGUGGAACAAUUUGCUGACACUCCUGAGAAAUUCCUGCAGAUACACCUGACCCACCUCCUGCCUGCCCCCCGCCAGCACAUUGACAGCUACCUGAAGAUGCUUCUGCAAAUCCAGGACAAUGAGGGCCUCUACUGGAACACAGCCUACUUUGACAUCAUCUUGAACAAGUUUCAGGUUUAUCACGUCCCAGAUGCUGAUAGAAUUGGAGCCAUGCAACUUGCCUGGGCCAAGACUACCAAACUAGUGACUGAUGAAGGAUGCUCAUCAUAAACCAGAAUGAAAGGCAACACAUACCUACACCACCUGCAGAUUAGACCAAAGACUCUUCUCCACAUCAACUGUAGACUCGAUCACAAUGUCACAUUCACACUAGCUAUGGACUGGAUCACCACUUUGUGUUCACACCAAUUACAGACUGGAUCACAAUGUCAUGUCCACCUCAACUGCAGUCUGGAUCACAAUCCUGUGUCCACAUUAAUGUAGAUUGGACCACAACUUCAUGUUCACUUCAAUUGUAGAACUGCAUCAUAACCCUGUGUCCACAUCAAGUGCAGACUGGAUCACAACCUCAUGUCCACACUACCUAUAGGUUGGAUCUCUAAAAAACGGUCUUUCAAUUCCAAGGAAAAGAGUAAAGAGACCGGGGAUACAACAAGAUAACACAAAUUAACCAACUAUUUCUAGACAAACUUCCUGUUGAUGAAAAUUGUUCUUUUAUUUUAUACAUCCCUGGUUUGCAAUUGUGAAAUGUUUUAUAGCAACAAUCUAUGUCGCUGCAUUCAACUAACUUGACAAAAGAUUUCCAAGUACUUAUUACAAGUCUAUUAUCUGAGCAAGUCCAUUGUCUCAUCCUAGUGCCAGUGUCAACAGGCUCAUGGCUCUCUGGGAAGCAACAGGCUCUGUGGUUUAAUAUGACUACCACAGAGGGGUAUGACUGGGUUGUGUGCUGUUGAAGAGUCUGACGGCAGACUAGGGAAAUGGUUCUUCAUAUGACGUUUGAUUAUAGAGUUUGGCUAAGUGAAGCUUCAGUUGGAGGAAGGGGGAGCGGGGUUUGUAUUGAUCAAAUACCCCAUCUGAUUAUUAUUAUGAACCAUGAUUUUGGGAAUGGAGGCUGCAGAGGGAAGGAGAGAAUGGGUGGGGACAGGAGUGGGCACAGCAGUUUCAGCUUUGGAAGGAACAGCAGCAAAGUGGUGAGUGGGAGGAGCACUGACAAACCAGUUAAAGGAGUCAGCAAAAUGUGAAGACUUUACUGAUGGGAAACAUUGAAGAAUUAUGUCUGCUAUUGGGUGAUGCUGUAUAAAGUAAUGAUACUGAAAGGGUCCAUGGUGAAAACUCCAAUAAGCUCCACCCAAUCUGAUGCUGGCAAGGGACUCAGUUGGGCAAAGGCAGAAUAUCUUAGGAUCUCAAAAAGGAUAGACCUGUUAUCCUCAGUCUCUUCAUAGUCUUAGGAACACAAUUUAUCUUACAGAUGUAACUUGUGUCUGAUUGCUAUCAUGCAAUAAACUGCACCAUGUUUAAGACAAGA